AACAGCUCCAACAUCAGCAACAAUUUCAGUUGCACCAACAAGCGCAAUUGCAACAGUUGCAACAGCAAGCUCAAAUACAGAACCAGUCGCUUCAGUACACGCCAACAAUGGGAACAGCGUCGGGCACUUUAGGCCAGAGCGCAACGGCAAACAACCUCGUGUCCGUAGCCGUGCAAGCUGCUGCCAAUGCAGCCAACGCUGCAGCCACAGCGGGCGGCGCCACAGCUGGAGGUGGCUACGCUUUCCCUCGCAACUCGCCGGAAUUUGCCUGCGAAAACGUCGGCGAACGAGUGAAAGGAAAGCGGAGAAAAUAUUGUCCACACGAAGUGACAGCGCUCGUGCUGGGCGUCCAGCGGUACGCAGACGACAGUUGUCCUUGGAGUUCCAUCCUGCGAGACCCUCAUCUCGGCCACUUGUUCCAUGGCCGUAGCGGAGUGGACUUGAAGGACAAAUGGCGGACACUCAUCAAGACUCGACCGGAACUCGCAGCGUACACAGAGAACCGGAAGAACCACCGCAAGUAUCGACCAUUUUCUGCCACUGAAGAGCGAGCACUACUAGAAGGAGUCAAGAAGUACAACGGACAGAGAAAUGUGUGGUCGCUUAUUCUUAUAGACAAGGAACUGGGCCCUCAGUUUAAUGACCGAUCGAACGUGCAACUUAAGGACAAAUUCCGGACGAUGCGGAGAGCAGGAGCCACGUCGUCGCUACUGAUUAGUGGAGGUGCAGCGUCCAGUCAACGAGCGUCGACGGCCUCUACGCCGACUUCGGAUAGUGCAACAAGCUCCGGAACGACUACUGCGACCACUUCGGCCACCUCCAGGACGCUGACGGCUGCAGUAUCAGCAGCAGUCAAUGGAUCGAGCAGAGCACCAUCGACUGUCACAUCGGCGAGUCAACAAGCAGCCACGCUCUUGGUGCAGAACAGCAACGCUGCAACUGCCAUGUUUGCAGACCCGAAUUUGUAUCUGGCUGGCUCGUUCUCGAUCCCUCAUAUGUCUCAAGGGAUGAGUAUGCCACAAAUGACUUCAACGCAGUCGCGACAUUCAGCUCAAGCGCAGGCGCAAGCUCAGGCGCAGGCUCAAGCUCAAGCUCAGGCACACGCUCAGGCGCAAGCAAUUGCCAACGCUCAAGCUCGCGCCGCUCAGGUGCAACUAGAAGCUCAGAUACAAAUGCGAGGCCAGCAACAAGCCAAGCAACAGUAUCAGGCGUUGAAUGGCGCGUUCAGUGCCGGAAUUCCAGGCUACCAACUCGUAGGGAACCAGAUUGUUCCUCAACAGGCUUUAUACUACCCGAUGGCACAGAAUACGCAGUCUCAGCAACAAGCUCAUUUGCAACAGCAACAAUUGCAACAGAUUCAGCAACGGCAACUCCAGCAGCAACAGCAACAACAGCAGCAACUCGCUGCCGCCAUCGCUGCAGCAGCUAACAGUUCGCAGCAGUCUCAGCAUCGUCACAAGUCGCAGGCAACGAGCGCGACUGCAACAUCACGAGGUGCGUCAGAUAGCGGUCGGGGAGGGAGGACGCAAGCUGACAAACGCAAUGCUGCCAACAGUAUAAGUGUGGGGAGAGCAGCGUCUUCUGUGGAAGAUCUGUUGAUGCAGACAGGUAGCACCAGUGCAUCCACGCCGACGGGUAAGUUUGUUGCACGAGUUUUUUUGGGAGUUUUGUGUCAUGAAUUGCAAAACUUAUCACUUUGUUGUGACAUUUAGGUGCAGAACACAACACACGUACUAUUUAGUGGAGAGGGCUCUUGGAGAGCACACUAUAGUUUUUUGCCACGUCAUUUAGCCGGCGAAACUUCAGUGCUAUUACUGGAGAGAUAGCGUUCGCCAAAUAUAUUCGAGGACCGCAGCAAAGGGCGACGAGGGAGAGGUGCAAGUUGUUGAUAAUGUCGAGUCGUACCAUAGCGAAAGAAACAGCAUCACAAGAAGAAAAAGAGAUAUCAACAACAACAAACACCUUUGACUUUGCAUGUAUUUUUGCUUCGUGCGGCAACUGUAUCCGGAUACCCAUUUUUUUCGUUUGACGUGUAUGAGUGAUGGUCUAGGUUCAACGUGGAAAACGAGUGAUGGUCUCUAA